AUGCGGUUCUGCCAGUUACUCGUCACGGCAUUGGCGCCGCUCAGUCUUGCGGCUCAUGACACGCCCAAGGCCGUCCCGCGGACUGAGCUAGAGCUCGUCGAGCUCCUGUCAAAGCACAAUCUCGCGCUCGUUCCUCGAUCAGAGCUCACAGAUGCGCUGAAAGAGUUCAACGUGUUACUCAAAAGCAACCAGCUUCACCGGUCGCCAGUCUUGAUCAAACGCCAAAAUAAUAGCACGACCAGCCCAGACUCCAGCGGACUUCUCUCAAUCCCGGGCCUAGAUGAUCUGGGCAAUUCUAUCAGCGGUCUCAUCAGCACCCUCGGGGAUCUUCCAGGCCUGCUGAAAGCGCUCCAGGGAUUGCUCACAUCUGAGUUCCUUCAGGCGUUUCAUGAUGCCAUGGUCUACCUCGCUGCAACCUUGAAGCCGCCUGCUCCCACCCAGAUAAGGGCGCUCUUGGAUUUAGUAUCCAAAUUAGACCUCGAAGGUCUCGUCAACGAGAUUUCAGGCAUCGAUCUUCCAGGAAUCGUCAACAAAGUGCUAAAGCUUCUAACGGACGGAAACCUCGACAACAUUGACAGAUUGCUGUCCAAUGGCGCCGCCCUUCUGACAUCGAGCUUUGUCAAUGAGACCCAGUCACUUGUCGGCAACGUUUCACCCUUGCUCACUGAGCUAUCUCCCUUGAUCAAGAAGAUUACAGGGCUUGACCUCGAUGGCAUUCUCGACGCCUUGAGUCCUUUGCUCAAAAAGGAUGCGAUUGAAGGCGUUGUUGAGCUGGUCGACAGUGCGCAAACCUUGCUCUCGCCCACCUUUGUCAAUCAGACUCAGUCCCUUGUUGCCGAUGUAUCGCCCCUGCUAGGCGACCUGAAGCCUUUGCUCCAAAAGCUUACAGACCUUGACCUCGAAGGGAUUCUUGAUGCGUUAGAUCCGUUGCUCAAGAAAGACUCAAUCGAGGAUAUUGUUUCCUUAGUCAAGAACGCUGGAGCCCUACUGUCACCUAACUUUGUCAACCAAACACAAUCCCUCAUCGAGAACGUUGGCCCUAUUCUCAGCGACAUCUCACCACUCUUGAAAGAACUUACGAAGCUUGACCUUGAGGGACUCUUGCAAGCACUUCAGCCACUACUUACCGAGGACUCGGUCAAAGGAAUUGUGAGCCUGGUGAAGAAUGCCGGCGAUCUCCUGACCGCGGAUUUCGUCGAUGAGAUCCAAAAGCUCAUCAAAGACAUUGCACCCGUACUCUCAGAUCUUUCUCCGUUCCUAAAAGAGCUCGUCAAAUUGAAUUUUGAAGAAAUCCUGACAGCAGUGAAGCCACUUCUCUCAGGAGACUCGAUUGACGGUAUUGUGAGCCUACUGAAAAACGCAGAGGGCCUCUUGACGCCCAAAUUUGUCAACGAAACGCAAGCCCUUAUCGGUAGCGCUUCGCCAUUGCUUAAUAAGCUAUCUGGUAUUGACAUUGAGGGAGUAUUGGAUGCCUUGAGCCCUAUCCUCAAUAAGGAGAAUAUACAGGGGCUGGUGGGGCUUUUGAAUAAUGCAGAGUCACUCUUAACGAAAGACAUCGUCGAGAGCAUCAAGUCACUACUGUCCAAAGCUGCGCCAUUGAUCGAUAAGCUCUCUGACAUUGAUCUGACGGGAGUCCUCGAUGCCCUUGGACCAAUUUUAACCAAGACCUCUAUUCAAGGCAUUGUUGGGCUCUUGGAAAAUGCCGAGUCUUUGUUAACAAAAGAUGUGGUCGAGAACAUCAAGUCGCUGCUGUCAAGCGCUGCGCCAUUGGUCGAUAAGCUCUCUGACAUUGAUCUGGCGGGAGUCCUCGAUGCCCUUGGACCAAUUUUAACCAAGACCUCUAUUCAAGGCAUUGUUGAGCUCUUGGGAAAUGCCGAGUCUUUGUUAACAAAGGAUGUGGUCGAGAGCAUCAAGUCAUUACUUACAAGCGCUUCUCCGUUGAUCAACAGCCUUUCAGACAUCGACCUUCAGGGAGUGUUGAGCGGCCUGUCGCCCCUCCUGACCAAGGAUUCUAUCAACGGCCUAUUGAAGCUCCUGGAAAACGCCGAGUCUUUGCUGACAGAAGAUGUUGUCAAGAGCAUUAAGUCUCUCCUGACAAAUGCAAAUCCGCUUAUCGCCAGCUUAGGCGGCCUCGACCUUCAAGGAAUCCUUGAGGCAUUAACGCCACUCCUGACUAAAGACUCAAUCAAAGGUUUGGUAACCCUUCUUGGCAAUGCCGAAAAUCUCUUGGCAGCAGACUUUGUAUCUCAAGUCAAAUCCCUCAUUUCAAAGGCCGUCGCGCUUCUAGAAGGUCUCGAUAAGGCUGGUCUCCCGGGCUUGCUUGAUCAAGCUGGCCCACUGUUGAAUGAGAUCAGCAAAUUGGAUCUCGCCAGUUUGCUGAGCGCCGUGCGCCCGCUGCUUACCGAGGAAUCAAUUACUGGCAUUAUUGGCCUCCUCGGCAAUGCUGAAGAUCUCCUCACCAAAGAUUUCGUUUCACAAACGAAGUCUCUAAUCUCAAAUGCCUCGCCACUUCUUGCCAGCCUGAGUGAUGCUGGCCUGGCCGAGCUACUUAGCCAGGCUGGCCCUCUCCUCGAGGAGAUCGGCAAGUUGAAUCUCGCCAGUUUGCUAAGCGCCGUGAGCCCCUUGCUCACCGAGGAAUCAAUCAACGGCAUCAUUGGCCUUCUCGGCAAUGCUGAAUCCCUUCUGAGUCAGACGUUUGUGUCUCAAGUGGGAGAGCUCAUUGAGGACGCGACACCUCUUGUCGCGACUGUGGCGGAUCUUGUCCAUGCCGUGCUUAAGCAGUUGAUGGGCAAAACAUAA